AUGGCUGGUGAAAGUGUUUGGACAAAAUUAAUUCGUCACUAUAGUGUUGUACAAUAUUUGUUUAAUGCUGAGUCAUAUGCGGGUUUAGUCAUCUAUGAAGUACUUGAAAAUAUGUCUGUUGAAUUUCCUUUGAUGCAUUAUCUGAUCGAACAAUAUGACCCAACAUUAGAUGAUACAUCGUACACAUUAUUAGCUGAUUUCUAUUAUGAAUUAAAGAAUAGAGAAAAAUCAUUAGAAUAUUUAAAAACAUUAACAAUAACUAAAAAUAGAUGUUUUUCUAGUGAUCAUCCAAUUAAUAUUUUACCAUAUAAAUUAAUGAGAGCAAUAUACAUUGAACAAGGUGACGAUGAUUCAGAAUUGACUGAACUACAUAUUAAAAUAAAGUCGGACUCUCAAGCUGAAACUCUGAAAGUUUUAUUUAAAAUUUAA